GCAAUGGCAACCCACCACAAAAUUUUCAUUACUAUCAAAUAUCAACUAAAGCUCUCACAAAAAAAUGACAAUUGGUAUUGGUGGAGGAAUUGGCCUUGGUCUUCCUGGUCUCAAUAUAAAGAUCGGCGGAGGCAUCGGUCUUGGGAAUAAAAGGCCGGGGGGGUGCAAGAGUCAUGAUCCAUCAAAAAAAUGGAGUGUAUGUCCCAAUGAUCGCGUUGUAGAAAUAUAUGCUAGGUUUGCAGUGGAUGAGUACAACAGAAAACAUGGACGUAAUCUUGUGUUUCAAUCAGUUUUGGAAGCUUGGGUUUAUGUUUAUCCUUGUGGCAAGAAAGAGUAUAGUAUUGAAUUAGUAGUAAGAGAAGGGUGUGGGAAUCAUGUCCUCAAGUAUCAUGCUGUUGUGACUGAAACAGGCUGUGCUGCUCGCAGGAAGACUCUGGUGUCUUUCGACCAAAUCGACGACUAAAAGAGAAGUUAUAUGCAUGCAAUCAAAGUUUAUACUUAUGUGUGAGAAGUACACAAUAAUAAAUCUUAUAUGAUAUUGUACUGUUCUACUCUCUUUCACUAUCUCUGUUCUAAAAUGAUAAUGGAGGCCAAACUACGUUUUUAGUCCCUAA